AUGCAAGAAUUAUGUGACGGCUUGUUCCACUUACCAGAAACUGCAUCACUGGAGCAUUACAUUACACUGGCUGCUAGUAAUGACGAUUCAAGUGGAUUCACAGAGGAUCAAACAAAUAAGCGUGAUCAUCUGAAAGCAUAUCGACGGCUUUGCGAAUUUAGGGAGUCUUGGACACGCAACUCGACCACGUCGCUCGACACUCGUAAAAUCCACCAUCACAUCGACUGGAAGGACCCGGCGAUUACGCUGCCCAAGAAACGAAGAGUUCAUCAUCUUCCUAAAAUCGAAGUUCCUACCAAAUCUGCGUAA